AUGACUCUGGAAAGUAUCUUUGAGCCCCUCCAGUCUAUUGGUGACCAUAUUUAUCUUUACGAGUUCCAGGGGAACAAUGUCCCUGAUUCCUCGUCACCAUCCCUGGUCAUCUUGUGUACAUGGGUUGGGGGCGCAACCCCUCGCCGAAUUAACAAAUACCUGUCUCAAUAUCGAGAAAUCUACCCUUACACCUCCAUUCUUCUUAUCACAACCAGCUUCCCCACUAUCUUGCUCCAACCAUUUAGCUGGACCCGUGCAAGCCUCAAGCCAGCUCGUCUUGCAAUUCGUCGGAUUGCACAGAAGAUCGGCGCUGAACCGCGGCACUUGAAUGGCCAGCACGGAAUCUUGCUUCAUUUGUUCUCCCAUGGUGGUGGCAACAUUGCCGUCCAACUGGCACUUUCCUUGAAAGAAGAAAAGGAUCAAGGGUCCCCAUUUUUCUCCAAUCUAAAUUCAAUUAUCCUUGAUUGCUGCCCCGGUGACGAUGGCCUCGGAAGAGCAUACGCGGCGGCACGGACGUCAGUGCCCGACACAUCAGUGGCCCGGCUACUGGGGAACACCUUACUUUACCCCACUGUGGCGGUGAUUAACGGCUUGCAGCAUGUUCGCCUCAUGCGCUCCAUUCAAGACUUGAGACACUUGCUGAAUGAUCCGACCACCUUUGGACCCACCCCGAAAAGACUUUAUAUCUACUCCACGAAAGAUGCCAUGGUCAAAUGGGAAGAUGUGGAAUCUCACAUCCAAGAUGCACGGGCUCAAGGGUACUUGGUUGGCCAAGUCCGCUUUGACAAUAGCUCACAUUGUGGACUGAUCAUGGAAGAUCCCGAUCGGUAUUGGACAGCAAUCCAGAAAUUCUGGCGGGGAGAAGACGUCUCUCAUCUGUCGUCCACUGGGAACGAUAAAGAUCUUCGCAGCCGAUUGUAA